AUUUACAAUAGCACUUACCUUACAGAAGGACUAGACAAUUACCUGAUUAGUUUCAUUUUCAAACAAUAGUUGUUUGAGUCGAUAAGAGACUCCCUGUAUUGAAAAAGGCUCGAUUACAGGCUCACCAUGGCUAUGGUCCGUAACCAAACAAAUAUAUUUGCUCGUUAUCUCGAGAUAGCGGGAAAAUGGAACAACCGAGAGAAGGUAGUACUGCUAUACCAUCACCAUCGGCUUUUCUUCGUGGCUUCUUUCCUCCCAGAAGCAGCGGGUCUUGUCUGACAUGUGUUCAUCUGGUUAAGUCCGCAUCCUGCUCGUUGACGAGCAAGUCGUGCGAUUUUGGAGAAACAGUGUACGUGAAGGAUGUGCGAAUUAAAUUUUUGUGCUCUUUUUUUGAGGACGACCUUGCUACUUAUUGCGGUUCGGUGCGUUUUAUGCGAAAAGACAGAUUCUGUGGAUGUGAAUGGACUGAAAGAGACUGAAGAAAUUGUGGAACUGAUGGUGGACAGUUUAGGGAGAGAAUUGAGUAAUUCCUCCUUCAGUGAAAUUUUAAAUUUUUGGGAUGAAGGAAGUGAAAGAGAUGCGAAAAGUUUGCAAGAGGGAAGGAAGAAGAAGAAGCAAGAAAGCCUCAUUUCACGCCUUCUGCCUCUUUUAGUGAUGCCUUUCAUGAUGUCCACAAUGAUGCUUCCCAUGAUGCUCAUCCAGAUGAAAGUUAUGCUCUUAAAGGCCAUAUUCCUGGGGAAACUGGCCAUACUAUUCGCCACCCUCAACAUCUUGAGGAACAUGGGUGACACCUCUGGACUUUAUAGCCACAACGUUCAUCUCAGAAAGCCUGUAGGACAUAUUAUGGACGAUCCUGAACUGAGCAAGGAUCAUUAUGGAUACACGGGCGAUGAAGAGUAUGGUGCUUAUGUUAACAGAAAAAAGUGAUAAUCUACUUUUUCGUGAUACAAACUUUAAGAGUACUAUUUUGUGAUUUGUUUGAUGUUUCUGAACUUUAUGAGGGUUUUUCAAACGGGUAUAAUUGUGUUUAGUUUUUGUUAUAUUUGUGUUCAAUUCUUAUUUAUUAUAUAUUUAUUUGAUUA